AAGUGGACACAAGAAGAAAUCUCAAGGCUUUUUCAUAAAUAGAUCUAACUAAACAUCAGUAUAAGGAAAAAAAAAGAGCUAGAAUUUCUUGCAUUUUGAUUGAGUAGUUAUUGGUUCAAAAUGGAGCCAGAAAAUAUAAGUGAUAUAAGAGGGAGUAGUUUAAGAGGAAGCUUAAAGUUAAGUGUGAAUAGUACUAAAUCUAUAUGGGGGAACAAUGGUAUGGAGAUUUUUAGUCGUUCAUCAAGACAUGAAGAUGAUGAAGAGGCUCUUAAAUGGGCAGCUCUUGAAAAACUUCCAACAUUUGAUCGUUUAAGAAAAGGUCUCUUAUUUGGAUCUCAAGGUGCUGCUGCUGAAGUUGAUAUACAUGAUCUUGGUUUUCAAGAAAGAAGGAAAUUGCUUGAAAGGCUCGUGAAAAUCGCCGAUGAGGAUAAUGAGAAGUUCUUGUUGAAACUCAGGCAAAGAAUUGACACAGUUGGGAUAGAUUUGCCGUCAAUAGAAGUAAGAUUUGAGCAUCUAAACAUUGAGGCAGAUGCAUAUAUAGGAAGCAGAGCUUUGCCUACAUUUACCAACUUCUUGACUAAUUUUCUUGAGACAAUGUUGACCUCUCUCCAUAUCCUAUCAAAUCAAAAGAGGAAACUCACUAUUCUUGAUGAUGUGAGUGGUAUCAUUAAGCCUUGCAGAAUGACUUUGCUUUUAGGACCUCCAGGUUCUGGUAAAACUACUCUUUUAUUAGCUUUGGCUGGAAAGCUUGACCCUGCCCUUAAGGUUACUGGGAAAGUGACCUAUAAUGGACAUGAAAUGAAUGAAUUUGUGCCACAAAGAACUGCUGCUUAUAUUAGCCAGCAUGAUUUACACAUUGGAGAAAUGACUGUGCGAGAAACCUUGGAAUUCUCUGCCAGAUGCCAGGGAGUUGGCUCUCGUUAUGAUAUGUUGGCUGAACUAUCAAGAAGAGAGAAGGCAGCUAAAAUCAAGCCAGAUCCUGAUAUUGAUAUCUUCAUGAAGGCAGCAGCAACACAGGGACAAGAAGCCAAUGUGGUUACAGAUUAUGUUCUUAAGCUGUUGGGGCUGGAUAUUUGUGCCGAUACUUUGGUGGGAGAUGAAAUGAUAAGGGGUAUUUCAGGAGGACAAAAGAAGCGUGUGACAACAGGUGAAAUGCUCGUUGGACCGUCAAAGGCACUUUUCAUGGAUGAAAUCUCGACUGGAUUGGAUAGUUCUACCACUUACUCCAUUGUGAACUCUCUAAGACAAUCUGUGCAAAUCUUGAAUGGAACUGCUGUGAUAUCUCUCCUGCAGCCAGCACCCGAGACCUACAACUUGUUUGAUGACAUUAUUCAGUUAUCAGAAGGGCAAAUUGUCUAUCAGGGCCCUCGAGAGGAUGUCCUUGGCUUCUUCGAGUCCAUGGGUUUCAAAUGCCCAGAUAGAAAAGGCGUGGCCGACUUCUUGCAAGAAGUGACAUCGCAGAAGGAUCAGCAGCAAUAUUGGGUGCGGAGGGAUGAGACUUACAGGUUUAUCACAUCAAAAGAAUUUUCUGAGGCAUAUCAAUCAUUCCAUGUUGGGAGGAAAAUUGGGAAUGAGCUUGCAGCUUCAUAUGACAAGAGCAAAAGCCAUCCUGCUGCUUUGACAACUCAAAAGUAUGGUAUAGGGAAGAAACAACUCUUAAAGAUCUGCACUGAAAGAGAACUCCUGCUAAUGAAGAGGAACUCAUUCGUUUACAUCUUCAAGUUCACUCAGCUUUCAAUUGUGGCACUCGUGACAAUGACCCUCUUUUUCCGAACUGAGAUGCCUCGUGAUAGUAUGGAUGAUGGAGGAAUAUAUGCUGGUGCCCUCUUUUUUGCGGUCGUUAUGAAUAUGUUUAAUGGAAUGUCUGAGAUCGCCAUGACAAUUUAUAAACUUCCUGUCUUCUACAAGCAAAGGGACCUUCUCUUUUUCCCUUCAUGGGCUUAUGCAAUUCCCUCAUGGAUACUCAAAAUCCCUCUAACAUUUGUUGAAGUUGGUCUAUGGGUGUUCCUCACUUACUAUGUCAUUGGAUUUGAUCCGAGUCCUGCAAGAUUGUUCAAACAUUUCUUGCUACUCAUAUUAGUAAACCAGAUGGCAUCAGGAUUGUUCCGCUUCAUUGGUGCACUUGGACGGACCAUGGGAGUAGCUAAUACAUUUGGAACAUUUGCUCUCCUUUUACAAUUUGCAUUGGGUGGAUUCGUUCUUUCACAAGAUAAUGUAAAGAAAUGGUGGAUAUGGGGUUACUGGUCUUCACCAUUGAUGUAUUCUACGAAUUCAAUUUUUGUGAAUGAAUUUGAUGGGAAAGAGUGGAAAGAAAUAUCACCAAAUGGAAUUGAGCCACUUGGAGUUGCAGUAGUAAGAUCUCGAGGGUUCUUUCCAUAUGCAUACUGGUACUGGAUAGGUAUUGGUGCACUUAUUGGAUUCACAAUUGUCUUUAACAUCUGCUACAAUCUUGCACUUGCUUAUCUUAACCCAUUUGGCAAGCCGCAAGCUAUGAUAACAAAAGAUAGUGAAGAUGCCAAAACAACUAGCAAUGAGAAAGAACAGUCCAAUAGUGAGGGUCAGAGUAAGAAAAAGGGAAUGGUUCUUCCAUUUGAACCGCAUUCCAUCACCUUUGAUGAAGUUAUAUACUCUGUCGACAUGCCUCAGGAAAUGAAAGAUCAGGGCGCCACUGAAGAUAGAUUGGUACUUCUGAAGGGUGUCAGUGGAGCUUUCCGGCCCGGUGUUUUGACAGCUUUGAUGGGAGUUAGUGGGGCUGGAAAAACAACAUUAAUGGAUGUAUUGGCUGGAAGAAAAACUGGAGGAUAUAUUGAGGGUAGUAUCAAGAUCUCUGGUUAUCCUAAGAAGCACGAAACAUUCGCACGUAUAUCUGGAUACUGUGAGCAGAAUGAUAUCCAUUCACCUUAUGUUACAGUUUAUGAGUCAUUAGUAUACUCAGCUUGGCUGCGUUUACCUCAUGAUGUUGAUGAAAAGACUAGAAAGAUGUUUGUUGACGAAGUUAUGGAACUUGUGGAGCUUACAAUAUUAAGAUCAGCGUUAGUUGGUUUGCCAGGAGUCAGCGGUCUCUCGACUGAGCAACGCAAAAGGUUGACCAUUGCAGUGGAAUUAGUAGCCAACCCCUCUAUUAUUUUCAUGGAUGAACCAACUUCAGGGCUGGAUGCAAGGGCUGCUGCGAUUGUGAUGAGAACUGUUAGGAACACUGUUGACACAGCACGAACUGUUGUUUGUACCAUCCAUCAACCUAGUAUUGACAUUUUUGAAUCAUUUGAUGAGCUAUUUCUAAUGAAACGAGGAGGACAAGAGAUAUAUGUUGGUCCAUUGGGUCACCGUUCUUGCCAUUUGAUCAAAUACUUUGAGUCAAUGUCUGGGGUAAGUAAAAUACAAGAUGGUUACAAUCCAGCCACUUGGAUGUUAGAAGUCACAACCUCGGCUCAGGAAAUGAUGUUGGGGGUUGAUUUUGCUGAUUUAUACAAGAGAUCAGAUCUUUACAGGAGGAAUAAAGUGUUGAUUAGUGAACUCAAUGCACCUCGUCCAGGUACGAAAGACCUGCAUUUUGACAGCCAAUACGCACAGCCAUUUUGGACCCAAUGUAUGGCUUGCCUUUGGAAGCAACACUGGUCAUACUGGCAUAAUCCUGCUUAUACAGCAAUCAGAUUUCUUUUUACAAUCUUCGUCGCCUUGGCCAUAGGGACAAUGUUCUGGGAUCUUGGUACUAAAAUGGGUAACAACCAAGAUCUAUUUAACGCUAUGGGAUCAAUGUAUGCUGCUGUUCUCUUUCUUGGUUUUCAAAAUACAGCAUCAGUGUUGCCCGUUGUAGCUGUUGAGCGUACAGUAUUUUACAGAGAAAGAGCUGCUGGAAUGUAUUCUGCCUUCCCCUAUGCCUUUGGACAAGUUUUCGUUGAAAUGCCAUAUGUCUUUGUGCAAGCGGUUUUCUAUGGCGUUAUUGUCUAUGCUAUGAUUGGAUUUGAAUGGACAGUAACCAAGUUCUUUUGGUACUUGUUCAUCACGUAUUUCACUUUCUUGUACUUCACCUUUUAUGGUAUGAUGAGCGUAGCUGUUACUCCAAAUCAAAAUAUUGCGCAAAUUGUCAUUGUCUUCUUCAUUGCCAUGUGGAAUCUUUUUUCAGGAUUCAUUAUUCCGCGGCCUCGUAUUCCUAUAUGGUGGAGAUGGUACUAUUGGGCUUGUCCUGUUGCUUGGACCUUGUAUGGUCUGGUUGUGUCACAAUUUGGUGACCUCCGAAACAAAAUUAAUGACGACGAAACGGUGGAACAAUUCUUGAGACGUUACUUCGGGUUCAAGCAUGAUUUUCUUGGAGUAGUUGCAGUUGUGACUGUUGCAUAUCCUGUUCUUUUUGCCUUCAUAUUUGCUUUGGCUGUUAAAGUAUUCAAUUUCCAGAGAAGAUAGAAGAUGAUACCUGUUAAAGAUCUAUAUGAAGAAAACUGAGGAAGAGAUUGACUAUAAAACUAUUGUAUACAGGUUAUGUAUUGGUUUUGUUUGUUGUUAAUGGUAAUAUUUACAUUGUUACCAAAAAAAAAAUAUUAUGUGUAAAAGAUAUAGUAUGUCUUAUCUAUUGAUUAUUGUAAACAACAAGUCUGACUAUAUUUCACCAUGUCUUUGAUUCAAUGAACUCCCCUUAUCUAGGAGGGUCUAUAAGUGGAUAGGAGAAAAGACUAGGGCUCUAUGCUAUGUAAACAAGAGGUGAACCCACUAAUUAUAGA